AUGAUCUUAGUAAUACAUUCGAUGACCAUAGCUAAUUUGAAACUCAUGAAGCAAAAUUAUCUCAUUAGAAGAACUGAUGUACCUGAGUUGAACCAAGGUAUCAUCAUCCAUACAUUAAAUCCGAGGUUAUCGAUUACAAAAAGUGACGAAUUGAUCAAUCACUAUGUCCUUUUUUCUUACACCGAAAACAUUUCCCUACUUUCCGGGAAUAGUUCUUUUCAUCUGCAAAUAACUUGGCAUCAUAUAGAAAUGCCAGAAAAAAAACUUAUUUUCUUUGGAAGACAUCAAAAACACAGAAAUCCAAAUUUAAGGAUAUCUGUGAAACAAAUGAUUAUUUGUUCGACUGGUGCUUUCAUGACAAAAUUUCGGGCGUAUCUGAUUACGGCAGAUCGAAACACCGUGCAAGUCAGGAAUGACUUCAUGGUACAGAAAUUGGGUGGCAAUGAGUAUUUUACGGAUUUAAAUAUUAAAGUCUGA